AGGAAUACAAGAAGACUACUAUAAUGAGGAUUGGGACAUUACUCAAAACUCUUGUCUGUGUCGGCAGUGUAACAGCCUACCCUAACUUUAAAGAUAUCCUUCCGAAUGGAAACGAAGUACCACAUCCAUGUAAAGCUAACUACGUGUGGCAUGGUGUAGGCCACAACAAACCACUUGGAGGUGGAAGUAGAAACCAGUUUGGUUUGGAUUUUAAAGCAGCGGGAUUGUCAUGGACACCUGAAUUAUGUAGAAAAGAUUCUGAUGGAGACGGAAGAACAAAUGGCGAAGAACUUGGAGAUCCUGAUUGUGUCUGGAAACAAGGGAAUUUACCAUCACGUUUAACAGAUAUAACACACCCAGGAGUGUGCACGUUAUCAGAUGGGUCUAUCUGUAAUGCUGACAAGGGAUGGAUAGAUUGUCAAGUGGAAGAUGGACUGAAAAACUGCAAUGUUAUGAAAGAACCAGAGACAUUGAAUACAACCAUUCGCUUUCCUCAGACGGCAGUGCCAGCUGAAGAAACAACGUAUUCCUGUAUGAUCUUCAAUCUUCCUUCUGACCAAGAUUAUCAUCUGGUGGCAUAUGAACCUUACAUAGAUAAUGAGAUGGUCAUGCAUCAUUUAUUAGUUUACGGAUGUGAUCCGAAUGAGGCCCCAGUGCCAGACGAACAGCUCAAUACAGUUACAAAAUGUGACAUGGGAGCAGGUGGUAGCUGUAAUAAACUCAUCGGAUUAUGGGCGGUUGGAUUUUCUGGAUAUUGCAUAGAUGGACCAAUGGGAUUCCGUUUUGGUCAAAGUGGAUUCAAACAGGCCGCGUUAGAGUUUCACUGGAACAAUCCACAGUUAAUAGCGGAUUGGAAAGAUUCAUCGGGAGUUACUCUUUAUUAUACUCCGAAACUUCGAGCAAAUGAUGCUGCCAUAUUGCAGACUGGUCAGUCAUAUAUUGAAAUUCCACCUGGACAGCAGAGUUACACAGUAGUUGGAAAAUGCUAUUCAGAAUGUUCAAGGAAACUAAUACAAGAACCAAUUAACAUAUUUUGGGCUAUAAACCAUAUGCAUUAUUUAGGACAUGAAAUGAGUAUUCAGGUAUACAGAGACGGUGUGUUUUAUACAGAACUUACAAAUGAUGCUAUUUAUAACUAUGACAGUCCUGUAGAGAACAAGUACUUAACUGCAAUUCAAGUGCUUCCAGGAGACGAAAUUGUAACGACAUGCAAGUUCAAAUCCCUCUCAAGGCCAAAGACAACGUUUUAUGGUGAUGCUACAAGUGACGAGAUGUGUUUCGGAUUCAUGGCUUUUUACCCUGCUGCAAACAUGCCAUUCUCUACGUGCAUAGCAUGGAAAGAUAUCUCAGCAUGUAAUCUGUGGCUUCAACAAGAACAUAAUAAUUGCAAAUGGUCUGAUUUUAUAUUUGUCAAUGUAAAUGAAACAAAGCGUGUAAAGGAUGAAGUAAUGACAAAUUGUAAACCGUUCGGUAAUUGUUUAUCUGAAUGCAAAGCGACACUUCAGGUCCUUUUUGCAGAGCAUCCAUGCAUGAAAGGUGACGUAUACGAAUUGAUCAAACAAAUGGCUAUGCAGUGGAACAAUACGGAAAUGCUGAGAUUCAUUGUAGCAGUUGAUUCAUGUAAAGCUGAAAUGGCUGCCGAUUUGUACCUUCAAAACCUUCAAAAUAACAAAACUAAUGGAUCUUACCGUUUGGAUGGUAUCAGUUCCCUACUGGUAUCUAUGAUUGUUUAUAUGAUGAUGAAUUAAUUAUUCUUCACUGUUUGUAGUCUAAAAUCAAAAAUUAAAAUAAGAGGUAAAAUGUAGGCCAAAUUGAA